AUGAUGCGCGCUGUAGCUCCUCUAGCCCAGCGGGCUGGUCGCAUGGCCACUCGCCCUUUCGUCCCUUUCUGGACGACUACUACCAGCGCGUCAUUUUCGACUUCCGCUCCCUCCCACUUCUUACCUCCGCGGGGAGGAACGCCAAUGCCUUUUAUCACAGAGACAGUGGCUGGAGGCUGGCAUACUUACGAUAUCUUCUCCAAGCUAUUAAAAGAGCGCAUCGUCUGUCUAAACGGCGAAGUCGACCAAGCGAUGUCCUCAUCAAUCGUAGCUCAGCUCCUCUUCCUUGAAGCUGAUAACCCCAAGAAACCAAUCCACCUUUAUAUCAACUCCCCCGGUGGCUCGGUCACAGCUGGCCUUGCAAUCUACGACACAAUGACCUACAUCUCCGCACCAGUAAGCACAAUCUGCAUCGGCCAGGCCGCCUCAAUGGGCUCUCUCCUCCUCGCAGCGGGCGCCCCAGGAAAACGUUUCUCGCUCCCCCAUUCCUCCGUUAUGAUCCACCAGCCCUCAGGUGGAUACAGUGGCCAGGCUACUGAUAUCGCGAUCCAUGCGAAAGAGAUUUUGCGGAUUCGGGAGCAGCUGAAUAAUAUCUAUAUGAAACAUUUGAAUGGGCCGAAGAAGUUGACGUUGGAUGAUAUUGAGAAGUUGAUGGAGCGGGAUUAUUUCAUGGGCGCCGAGGAGGCGAAGGAAAUGGGUAUUGUGGAUGAGAUUCUUACGAGAAGAGAGAAGACAGAGCAGAGUAUUUGA